UCUCUUUUUUCUUUUUCUUUUUCUGUUCGUAUUUUCAUUCAUCAAUUUCACCGCCAGAAUAGGAGGAGGACCUUCCUCCGAUCUCUAUUGUUUUGGUUGUUGAGAUUUGGAAAUCUGGAGUGAUAUUUGGGGUUCAUCAAAGGAGGGAGGAGAUAGAAUGGAGAGAGAGCUGGUGGAGCUGUUCGAGACGGCGAAGAAAGCCGCUGACGCGGCGGCGACGGCCGAAGGAGCCGCCGACGAAAGCCACUGUCUUGAUGCGUUAGGGCAGCUCAAGAGCUUUCCUGUCACUUAUCAACUCCUUGUCUCCACCCAGGUCGGUAAGCGUCUCCGACCUCUCACAAAACAUCCUAGAAAGAAGAUACAGUCUUUUGCGUCUAGCCUGAUUGAGAUAUGGAAAGACAUUGUUAUCAAGGAGACAAGCAAAGAUAUUAAAAACGGAAAAUUGGAGAAUAAAGCUUCUGUCAAAGUUGAGCCUCCAAGAACCGAGAGUCCCAGGCCAGAGAAGAUUCAGAAGACAUUCAAUGGGAAGGUUGAGAAAUCCAAGGCCGAGGCUGUUAAGGUCGAGAAAUUUGAACGCAAUGCAGCAGAGAGAAAGGUUCCUAACGAGAAACCUUCUCCAGCGAAGAAUGUUAAGGUUGAAAAGAUAACCAAAGAAGUAAAGAGGCCGACAUCAGGUGCUUCUGCAACUCCGAAGCUGACAUCUAUGGUCAGGUCCAAUGAUGCUGUGCGAGACAGAGUACGGGAAAUGCUUCAUGAGGCUUUGUCCAAGGUUUCUGGUGAGGCUGAUGAAGAGAUGGCGGACGAAGUUAAUGCCUGUGAUCCUAUUCGAGUUGCCGUAACAGUGGAAUCAGUGCUGUUUGAGAACUGGGGCAGUUCUGCCGGGUCGCAGAAGGCAAAGUACAGGUCCUUGAUGUUCAAUCUUAAGGACACAAAGAACCCAGAUUUCCGCAGAAAAGUUCUGCUUGGACAUGUUGAAGCAGAGCGGCUUGUGAACAUGAGCACAGCGGAAAUGGCAAGCAAUGAGAGGCAGCAAGAGAACAAAAAGCUUGAAGAAAAAGCGCUUUUUGAGUGUCAGCGUGGAGGUCCAAAAGAAGCCACGACUGACCAAUUCAAGUGCGGCCGGUGUGGGAAGCGCAAGACCACCUACUACCAAAUGCAGACGCGGAGUGCCGAUGAACCCAUGACAACAUAUGUAACAUGUGUAAACUGCAAUAAUCGGUGGAAGUUCUGUUAGUCCUUUAGGGUAUUUUUGGCCAUUGUUGCCAAUUGUUUUAUCUCACGAGAUAAAAGAGGUAGUAGAGAUGCCAGUUUAGUUGUUAUGUACCGGUGUGAUGGUCUGUCACGUAGAAUUUUUUUUCUACCAUGUUUUUCUUGGGAUCAAUUUAUUCAGAGUAUUUUCUUUUAAUGGAACCUCAUAGUAACUUUGUCCCCAAUUUAUGUGUGAAUGCUAUUUACAAGUUCAGUGCC